AUGAAUGGUUCGUUUAUAUUACUAACAACUAUGGCACAUAUUUCGAUGUCAUUAUGCGAGUUGACAAAUUUAACUAUUUAUAACAAUUUAGAAAUAUUUAAUGCAACAAAUUAUGUUAGUGACGUACUUGUUCCACAACAAUUAUUUGAUCAACAAACGGACAACUAUAUGAAAUUAUUCGUGUCAUCAACAACAAUGGCAACAUUUAUCUAG